GAAACCACCAUCCGAGCAUGCGCAGUGGAUGAGCUGCUACGACAGUCUGGUUGUGGAGUUAAAAGCAUAACUCUGAGUAGUUUUUUUGUUUUUGUGUUUGCUUUCCAGUAAACCGGGAUGGCGGGCACCGCGCUGAAGAGACUCAUGGCGGAGUAUAAACAGCUGACCCUGAACCCACCUGAGGGGAUCGUUGCAGGUCCAGCCAAUGAGGAGAACUUCUUUGAGUGGGAGGCUCUCAUCAUGGGUCCUCAGGACACGUGUUUCGAAGGAGGGGUGUUUCCUGCCGUCCUCAGCUUCCCCUCUGAUUACCCGCUCAGUCCUCCAAAGAUGAGGUUCACCUGCGACAUGUUUCACCCCAACAUCUAUCCUGACGGCCGGGUGUGUAUCUCCAUACUCCACGCCCCUGGUGACGACCCGAUGGGUUAUGAGAGCAGUGCAGAGCGGUGGAGUCCUGUUCAGAGUGUGGAGAAGAUCCUACUGUCGGUGGUCAGCAUGCUCGCAGAGCCGAAUGAUGAAAGCGGAGCAAACGUUGACGCGUCUAAAAUGUGGCGUGAGGACAGAGAGCAGUUCUACAAACUCGCUCAGAAGAUCGUCAGGAAGUCGCUGGGCCUCUAAGGAUGAUGUCAUCAGGCGGCAACGAGCCCAGCACUCAGUGUGUGUGUGUCUGUGUGUCUGUCUGUCUGUCUGUCUGUCUGUCUGUCUGUCUGUCUGUGAGUGUGAGAAUGUCUCCUCCUUCGCCGUCUUUUUACACACAGCAAACAUCGACGAACAUCUGGAGACUGAAUGAAGAUGUGAGCAUCUUCCCCAUCACCAUGGAAACCAGUGAAACACACACACACACACAGUGCUGUGGAGACGGACUGAUCAAUAAACGAAUGGAUGGUCGACGGGAGCCAAUCAGACGUUUGGAUAAAAGACAACAAGAUUUUAGAAAACUUCAAAUUUAGAAAACGUCGACAGAAGAAGAAAUCAGUGACAUCAUCAUCGCCACACCAACAGCAGCAGCAUCACUCUGCAGGUCGCUGUGUCAGCCAAUCAAACGCCCCCACCCUCACAGAACCGCUUCAUGAAAACAAAUCAAAUGAAUCAAUAAAAUAUUUUCAACGACUCAUGAUGAAUAAACAGUAGGUGGAG